AUGAGUAUUAUCUCUUGGAAUUGUCGGGGGCUCGGCAAUCCCACAAGGAUUCAAGUUUUAGUUGAUAUAAUCCGCACAAAGAGGCCAGUUAUUUUCUUUCUUAUGGAAACUAGAUUGUGUUCUGCUGCCAUGGAGAAAAUAAGAGUUACCUUGGGUUUUGAGAGUCUAUUUACAGUGGAUAGCGUUGGCUUAAGUGGUGGAUUAGCAAUCAUCUGGAAAAAAGAAGUGGAACUGGAUAUUCUUAGUUUCUCUAGAAACCACAUUGAUGCAUCCAUUAAAUCAGAAAUUUCUAUUUCCCCCUGGCGUUUCACUGGCUUCUAUGGUUGCCCGGAGAGAAUCAGAAGGAAAAACUCAUGGAAUCUUCUAAAGCACCUGUCGCACCAAUACACUCUACCUUGGAUUCUAAUGGGAGAUUUUAAUGACCUCCUACACGAAAGUGAGAAACUGGGCAGAAUUCAGCACCCUCAAUGGCUCAUCCAAGGAAGAGUCACCGUGAACUGGAUCCGUGAAAAACUUGAUCGCAUCCUUGUACACAACCAGUGGUUGGAUCUCUUUGGUGAAGCUAGGGCAAAAUCCUUUGAAGCAGCUUGCAGCGAUCAUCUCCCGCUUGCUCUAUGGUCGUUGUCUUCGGUUAGAGUAAGGAAACGUAGGAAAUUCAAAUUUGAGAAUUGUUGGUUAAAGGAAACUCAAUGCCAGGAGAUUGUGUCUCGAAGUUGGGAAAUAUCAGUGGGUCUUAAUCUCUGCGACCGGUUUGAAGUAUGUAGCCAAGAAAUCUGGAAGUGGGGUAAGGACUUCAACAAAAAUCUACAACCUCAAAUUGACCACUUCCGAUCUCAGCUUGGGCGUUUAAGGUCUAGAACUGAUAGUCAAGUAAUAAUCAGAAUAGAGCUCUUUUUGAGGAGAUUCUCUAGAGAUGAGAUUAAAAAGGCAGCGUUUGGAAUGCAUCCUGAUAAGAGUCCGGGAUUUGAUGGAUUAAAUCCUAGGUUUUUUCAAAGUUACUGGGAUAUUCUAGGGGAAAGCAUUGUUCAGCUUUGUAAUGAAUUUCUAAGGUCUGGUAAGCUCCCUAAAGGACUAAACACCACCCAAAUCGUCCUAAUCCCAAAAAAGUCUGCUCCGGAAACCAUGGCUGAUCUUAGACCGAUAGCAUUGUGUACAGUGGCUUACAAAAUUCUUGCUAAGGCAAUGGCAAACAAGAUAAAAAUUCUUCUUGAAGAUAUUAUCUCAAAUAAUCAAAGUGCUUUUGUUCCAUGA